AUUGGAUUCUUUUGUCAUCAAACAUCCGAUGAUUUCUGAACAUUUUUCCCCUCUGAUUACAGGAACACGUUCUCCCACCCAGGACGACAUCGAGAUAACUCCAGGCGAAUUCUGCUCCCGUGGCGGCGUGGCGAAUGGAAAGGAACUGUACCGGAUCGGGAAGGACAUGAAGGCUUUACAACUGGCCAGAAACAAACUUCUGGCGGAAAUGUCUUCCCUGAAAGAGACCUUGCAGUGUCCGGAUCAAAGUGGCAAAACCGUCAGUGAUAAAACAAGGCGCAGAAUCCAGGAUACAGUCCAGGCAUACGUAACCUCCCUCCACAUCGCUGCGAAUGACGUCAUCACGACGCCUGCACCGCCUGAUCCUCAGCAAGUAACGUGCCAUGACGAGGUGGCGACGACCGGCAGAAACAUGUUCUGGGCAGAGGACCCCAAAAAAGUCCCCCUUCAUCUUCGACAUCAAGACACGAGGCCGGAUGUACCUCCGACUGUCCGCCGAGAGAAACUUCCUCCCCAACAUGACCCGGAUCUGCACAUACCCGUGGGGCGUCAAGAUUUUUCGGAGGACCGAAGGCCGGUGGCAGGAGAAAGCGUACCAGAAGUGGAGCGAAACUUCAACAGAGAUUUGGCAGUCUGAAGAGUUUAUCCGCAUGUGGGUCAGCUCGACGGACGACGGGACCAUCAGUCUCUACAGCUCAAAACUGCAGGGCCGUCCGCUGGUCAACUGGACAGACCCCAACCCGCUCACCAUCGACCACAUCGCGUACAGCACGGUCUUCAAACCUGGGGUCUUCCGCUUCAACUGUACCCUGUAGCCCCCCUGUCACACGUUCAGGACUAGCCUGGUGUCUAUCGUGGUUAGGGCAGGCUGUCUUCGGGGUUCUAAUAGUUUCAUAGCAUUUUAUGAGGGUUCAACUCUGGUUUGCUUUGUACGUGUUAUUGUUAUUCUAUGUG